AUGACUUUCUUCGAGUCCGUGUCGUUGAUAGGAAGCCAGGUGCUUGCAAAUUGGCUACUCGCUAGUAACGUGGAAAAAGGAAUUGCAUCUUCUUCCACUGCAACUAUCUUUUUGGCAAUCAUAGGCAUAAUCUGUGUCGCCGAAGGAUGGAAGCAAACUCCGAAUACUGCUCUAGUAAAUGAUCAUGGGAUGUCUUACACACAUACAUUUAAUGAUAAACGGAUAUUGUUACUGGGUUUUGCACAUGCUUGCCUUCACUUCUCCAUUGCAAUCUUCUGGAUCCUGUGGGCCCCAACAUUGGUGGCUGAUGGACGAGAAGUGCAUCUAGGAUUGAUAUAUCCAUGCCUGCUGGGUGCAAGAAUGCUGGGAAGCACAGUGUUUCCAUGGUUAUUGAGUGGUCCAUUAUCACUUCGGACUGAGGAUUGUCUAGUCUAUGCUUUCACUGUACUGGGGCUUGUCUUGUCUAUUGUAGCUUAUGAUUAUCAGGAAAUUGGAGUUUUAGUGUCAUUGUUCUGCCUAUUUCAUGCGGGCGUGGGCCUGAUUAUACCUUCACUGGCAAGAUUGAGGACUAUGCAUGUACCAAAUGAGUUACGAGGAGGGAUGAUGAGCCUUUCUCUAGCACCUGCAAAUGCAGCUAUUCUGUUUUUGCUGAUACAAAGAGGCUAUUACCAGAACAUAGAGAAUUCAACAAUGGUGGCACUUGCUGCUCUUGGUCUUUUCAUGGCAGCUGGUUCCAUGCAUUUGUUGAAGCGAUGGGGAAAGCAGCCAUACCAGAACUGGCACAAGUCAUAA